UUUGAUCUUCCCGCGAAACAGGAGAUCAAAACCCUUUCCAGUAACUUCUGCUCCUCUACCAUUAUAUGUCCCUACUGCUUGUCCCUGAAGACUCAAAAGCCACACAAAAUCAACUAAGCAACCAUUUUAUUACCAAAAAAAUCCCAAAUUAACGAUCUCUAAAACCCUCUAGGACCGGAGAAGAUGAACCGGAUCGCGGUGAGGUCGGUUGUCGGUGGCCUGCUCGGUGGCCGCAACUGCAACCGCUACAUUUCCACGGCGGUGGCCGUCAGGCCGUUGGACGGCGCCGAGUUUCUGAAUCGCCGGAACGGUGACGUUUUGGGGUUUUACUGGAGGAGGAUGAUGAGCACGGUGCCGCAGUCUGCUGAAACGGCGUCGCUGGGGGAGAAGGAGCAGAAGGAGAGCCAGAGCUCGGUUUCCGACGACGCCAAGAAAGGAAGUGAUAGCGUUGUCGUUUCGAAUUACUGGGGGAUUCAGAGGCCGAAGAUCACAAGGGAGGACGGGAGUGAGUGGCCUUGGAAUUGCUUCAUGCCAUGGGAGACUUAUAAGUCAGACUUGUCGAUUGAUCUGAGCAAGCAUCAUGUGCCGAAGACGUUUCUGGACAGAGUUGCGUAUAGGACCGUCAAGCUUCUUCGGAUUCCAACUGAUGUUUUCUUUCAGAGGCGGUAUGGGUGCCGUGCAAUGAUGCUGGAAACUGUGGCAGCUGUACCUGGUAUGGUGGGAGGAAUGCUACUGCACUUAAGGUCUCUCCGCAAGUUCCAGCAGAGUGGUGGUUGGAUUAAGGCUUUACUUGAAGAGGCAGAGAAUGAGAGGAUGCACCUCAUGACGAUGGUGGAACUUGUGAAGCCCGUGUGGUACGAGAGACUACUGGUUCUCGCUGUGCAGGGAGUGUUCUUCAAUGCCUUCUUUGUUCUUUAUGUGCUUUCCCCAAAACUGGCACAUAGGGUUGUUGGGUAUCUGGAGGAGGAGGCUAUACACUCUUAUACAGAGUAUUUGAAGGAUAUCGAUAGUGGCAAGAUUGAAAAUGUACCGGCUCCUGCAAUUGCAAUUGACUACUGGAGGCUUCCUAAGGAUUCUACACUGAAGGAUGUUAUUACUGUGAUUCGUGCCGAUGAAGCUCAUCAUCGAGAUGUCAACCAUUUUGCAUCGGAUAUUCAUUUUCAGGGCAAGGAAUUGAGAGAGGCACCAGCUCCCCUUGGUUACCACUAGAAGGCAUCUUGUAUGCCAAUUGUUGGAAGUGUUAUAUGUCUAUCUGAUAUGAUCUGUUUUGUAAAUGAUGGAUGAAGGCUAUGGUCUAUGUGGACAUAGAUGGUUUUUCAAUUAGAUAUGACUCAUGAGAGGGUAAAACUGUUAUGUGAUUCCUCUUAGUUUCAGGUUGACUUUUCAUUGAAAUUGAUGGCCGAUAUAUUCAUUUUUGAGUAAUGGGUAUUUCCGAUAGCCUUCUAUCAAGCUUCCCUA